GAUCCAGCAGGCGGCAGUGUUUCGCUUUUUUAAAACACUGCGACAGGCGAGGCCGUGUGUUCUGUUACUCGGUAAACAAGAUGGCGUCCGGCAGUGGGUCCAAUAAGAAUGACUUCCGUCGGAAGUGGGACAAAGACGAGUAUGAAAACCUCGCUCAGAAACGACUGGCUGAGGAGAGAGACAAAGAGAGGAGAGAUGGGAAAACUGCUCCGCCGGUCAAGCGGGACCUCCUGCGCCACAGAGACUAUAAAGUGGAUCUUGAGUCCAAACUGGGGAAGACCAUCGUCAUCACAAAGACCACUCCUCAGGCUGAGAUGGGCGGUUACUACUGUAACGUCUGUGACUGCGUCGUGAAAGACUCCAUCAACUUCCUGGAUCACAUUAAUGGCAAAAAACAUCAGAGGAAUCUGGGGAUGUCGAUGCGAGUCGAGCGCUCGUCUUUGGAUCAGGUGAAGAAACGUUUCGAGGUGAACAAGAAGAAGAUGGAGGAGAAGCAGAAGGAGUACCACUUUGAGGAGCGCAUAAAGGAGCUGCGUGAGGAGGAGGAGAAGGCAAAGGCCUACAAGAAGGAGAAGCAGAAGGAGAGGAAACGGCGGGCAGAGGAGGACGUGGACUUUGAGGAGGACGACGAAAUGGCGGCUGUGAUGGGUUUCUCUGGCUUUGGCUCGGUUAAGAAGACUUACUGACCCGCUGCAGCUCCACGGUUAGGACCACCACCCUCUCUCAGUCAGCUGGACUCUGAGACCAGAACCAGACUCUGAAAACAGCAAGUCGUGCUGCAGGCUCACUGUCCUGGCAUCUUUCAUCGUCCUGGUUCAGACUUUUAAACCUGAAAAUAUUCUUUCUUUUUUACCUACAUUCAGGCUCUUAUUUUUGGUCGUUUAUCCAUCACUGUCAGUUCUGACCACAAGCAGCUUUCUGCUGGAGGCAUACAUGAAAAUGAAUGUGAAAAUGCUCUAAAUGUUUGUGGUAAUCUCUGUGUAAGAAAACUUCUGAGCGAGAAAUGAUGGGCAGUUGGACCAAAAAUAAAACUGCAGUGGUGUCCUUUAAGUUGACGAGACGUCUCGACUGCGACCCGUUCCAAGUUCAUUCAGAUAAAAUGUUUUGUUUUAUUAGCAACACCUUCAGAAGAAGCUGUUCUCCAUACAAAAAUGCAUUUAACAAGUUAAAAUCAAAAGUUUUUAUGCAAAGAUUCAAAUUUGGGUUAUGAAAAAUAUUAUAGUUAGUUAAAAAUGGAAUUUAUUUUAUAUCAAGAAUCUGAGUGUGAUGUCUGCAUUUGACAUUAAAAAAAUACUUAAAGUGAAUUAUAAAUGUCAACACAUUUGAAUUUUAACUUGUUAAAUCUUCAUUUUUAACGUCAGACAGUAGUUACUAUAUUAGUAUUAUCAACAUGAGUUUGUUGGAAAAGACAAGAUUUGAAUAAACUGUUUUUUGUUUCUAA